AUGCGUAUGCUCCUUGCCUGGGCUGCUUUGGCCCUUGCCGGGUCCAGUGUGGUGCGACGUGAGGGGCGUGGCCAAGGCGACCAGGAGGCCGUGGCGAGCGAACACCAGGAUCGAACGGUUCGCAAGGAGGUCAAGAAGCGACCUGCCGUUCAAAAGGCGCGAGGAAAGCGGCCGACGUCCAAAGUCCACCGCAUCCACCCACCUGAGGUCGAGGCGUGGAAUUUCCUGGAGCUCAGCCAGGAGAACCAGAGGUCCCACUGGUCUGGCCAGUGGUCCAAGCAGGCGCGGCCGCAGCACGGAGAGGCCCAGGAGACAGACACGGAGGAGAUGUCGGAGAAGGAGGAGCCGCAGAAGGAUGAUGGAGAGGAAAGUUCUGAUGAUAGCCAGAAGGAGGACGAUGAGAAGGAAAGUGCGGACGACGGCCUGAAGGAGGACAGCAAGGCAGCGCCGGAGUCCGAAGAGGCGGACCAGAGCCUCGAGAAGGAGCGCAAAAGCUCGGCCUCGGCCGAGCUGAAGGACAGGGACGAGAAGGACGACAAGGACGACAAGGACGAGAGGGAGGACAAGGAAGAGAAGGAGGAUGGCGAGGAUAGAGGGGAGACGGAGGACAAAGACCAGAAGGAGGAAAAGGCGAUGCGCGAAAGCGAAGGCGCGGAGGAGGACAAUGCGGACACCCUCAACCCCGAGAGUGCCGAGGCCAAAGAUGACAAGGACAGCCGACAAGAGUCAAAGGGCUCCGGCGACAAGCCGGAGGGCGAGGAGACGGAGAAGGAGGAGGACGGGGAUGAGGAAAAGAGCCCAAGUACCGAGGCCAUGAUAAAGCAAAGUGACAAAGAGCUGCUGCAGGAGCUAGUCGCAGCUGCCAAGUGGGCCAACCGCGAGGAAGCCAAGCCAAAAUCCGCCGGCGAAGACACAGAGUCGACGACCUCUUCGGAGAGGAAGAAAGAGCAGAAAAAGCACGGGCAGGACCCACCGGUGCCGGCCGACGAGCCACACGAUUUCCGUGACGAGGACCUCGUGGAGUCCGAGCUCGAGGAGACAAUGCUUCCCAAGAAGAAGGCCUCCGGAAGAGGCAAUAGACAAGAGCGAGCUACCCAUCCUCAGAAGCAUUCAAAGCCGGCGGCGGCCAAGAAGCACCAGGCGGAAGCAUCUUCGAGCUCUGUCGAGGCAGACGCAGAGCAGGAAAAGGCCAAAAGUGAGGAAGGGCUGAAGCCAAGCGACAGAGAGCUACUGCAGGAGCUUGUGGCUGCUGCCAAGCUGUCGUCGGCCAAAGAGGAAGCGAAGAGGAAUGCCAGCCACGCUGCCUCUGCCGAAGAGGACAGGGAGUCGAAAGCAUCCUCACAGAGACCAAAAGAGCAGAAAGAGCCUGGCGAGGACCGUGCCGAAGAGCCGGCCGGGGAGCCCUCCAAGGCCGGUGACGAGGAUUCCUCCGAGGAUAGUGCAGACGGCGCAGACCUCGUGGAGACCGAGGAAAACUCGCCUCCCAGCAAGAAGGCAUCACGGAAAGGCGGCUCCAAAGAAAGGGCCAGCCAACACCAGAAGCAUUCGAAGUCUGCAUCUGUCAAGAAGCACAAGAAGGGCGGGUUCCACGUCUAUGUCGAGGCCGACGGUGUGCUCCUGGAACAAGGAAGUCGCGCGAAAGAGAACCAUGAGGCAUAG